GUAGUGAAUUAAAUCAGCGGGCUGUCCCAGAAAUAAUUUUGCAGAACAGUGGAGUGUAUCGCCAUUCGCCACUUUGCAUUGCGUGGACUUUGAUACCAGUCGAUGCAAUCGUCUCAGUGGUCAACUAGUUUCUAGUGAAGGCUGCAUCUCUUUUUCCUUUGAACUCAAACUGUUCAAAGCUACUCAGAGGGUGAAUCUUCAUGUUCGAUCUCCACAAGAUUUGGGUUUGUUGGUAAGAAAAUGGAGGAAAAUGAAAGAGCUUGUGAAAGUUGAAACUUGAUCUUGUCAUGUUGAUUAAUAAGAGAAUGGAGGAAGAUGAAGGAGUGGUAUUGUAUAAUGUUUUCGAGUUGAGUAUGAGGAGGAUUCAAAGGUUUUAGCUUCUGUUUAUAUGCUCUUGCUUUCUGAGAGGAAUCAGAUUUAAAACUAGGAUUUUGUUGUUGACUACUGAGAGAUGGACGGUUCAGGUUUAGGAGGUGGAUUUUUGUCCGGUCCUAGUGGAGGGACACUAGACCUUGAAUCGUCGAUUCCUAGACACCAGGAGAAGCAAAUGGGUCAUCCGGUGUUAGCACAUCAUCAACGUGUGAAUGUGAUGAGUGGCGUUGGAGUUGAUCGCUGCCCUGUGGGGCUUGUAGAGGUGAAAGGGUCAAUACCAAGAGGUGCUUCGAUGAAUGUUGUAAAAGGGAAGGGGGUUGCACCUUUUUAUACUAGUAAUGCUUACAAUUUGAGUGAAGAGGAUGAGCCUAGUUAUAAUGAAGAUGGGAAUGAUGAGAGCCUUGAAGGAGUCAAGGGUAAAAAGGGGUCAACAUGGCAGCGAAUGAAAUGGACAGAUAGAGUGGUUAGGCUUCUUAUAUCAGUGGUUGCUUGUGUGGGUGAUGAUGGUGUUGAAGGUGGUGAAGGCCUUAAGAGGAAGUCUGCAGUUUUACAGAAAAAGGGUAAGUGGAAGACUGUGUCAAAGAUAAUGAUCGGUAAAGGAUGCCAUGUAUCACCUCAGCAGUGCGAGGACAAGUUUAAUGAUUUGAACAAGAGGUAUAAGAGGUUAAAUGAUAUUCUUGGGAGGGGAACUAGCUGUAGAGUGGUGGAGAAUCCUUCUCUCAUGGACUCAAUGCCCCAUCUCUCUGCCAAGGCGAAAGAUGAUGUUAGAAAGAUAUUGAGUUCAAAACAGUUGUUUUAUAAAGAAAUGUGUGCUUAUCAUAAUGGACAGUGGAUACCUGGUUGCCAUGAUCUUGACCUCCAAGGUGAUCCUUUACGUCCCGGGAGAUGCUCAACAGACAAUAAUGUUUCUGAGGAAGAAGGAGUUGAAGAACACCAUGACACUGAGGAUGAUGGUUCAGAUAACGAAGAUAAUAAUGCUGACGGUAGUGAUAGGGACCGGAUGGGUAGAACGGGUGACAGGAAGAGGUCUAGUGAAGAGGAUGACCAUUUCUGGCAACAUGUUUCUCUGGAUACUUUUGAAGUUGAAAUGGCUGAGGUUCUUCAAGACCCAACAAAGUCUUUAUGGGAGCGAAGAGAGUGGAUCAACAAACAGAAGUUGCGACUCCAACAGCAAAGAGUCAACUGCGAGGCUGAAGAUUUGGAGCUUGAGAAGCAGAGAUAUAGAUGGCUAAGAUAUCGUAGCAAGAAAGACAGGGAACUCGAGAGGUUGAGGCUGGAGAAUGAGAGAAUGAAAUUAGAGAAUGAGAAAAGAGUACUGCAACUGAGGCAGAAAGAACUGGAAAUAGAUGUGAGGAGGUCAGAAGCUUCUUUAGAACCUUCUGUUGGUAUUGACAGAUUGCUAGGAAGAGAUCUUGACUUGGGCAGACAUCAGUAGCCUCUGCGUUCAAUCAUUGCCCAACACCGGAGCAUGCUUGACAUUCUGCAACUCUGCAAGAAAUCUUCAAGCACAAAGCUUAUUGAGCGCAUCAAUCUUGUGAGAUUUAUAUCUCAUCUGCCUUUUAUUUUAAAUUACAAUCAAACAUCUAUAUCUCCGUAUUAGUUUUAGGAAUUAUUGUUGUCUACAAUGUUGGAUGCCUCUCCUGUAUAGAUGCAAAGUCAGUGUUGUACUUUCGCACAUGCAUCUUGUGUUCUUAGGCUUGUAAUUGGCGUUUAUAUUGAUAGAUAUGGUUUAAUCUUCAAAUGAUCGUUGUGGUUAAUC